AUGGCUCUGGUCACGGCUUUUAGAGCUAGACAAACCGCUCUUCAGAUGGAAUGGGUGGUCGAGGCCACCGUAAUAAUUCGACUAGUUGUGCAGUAUACUACUUUAUUCAACUAUAGAGAGGAACAACGUAUGCGUGCUAAAGUAUAUAAUGAAGCAGAUAUGGCUUAUAAUACAAAAUGA